AUGGUGCGACAGAUCAACCAUCGCGGCCACCUCCUGUACGACGACACGACGGAGGCCGAACUCUACAUGUGGAACACGGACACCAAGUCCCGCCUCGCGCUCCAGGUCGUCGCGCGCGAGUCCGGCCUGCCCGUCGAGGAGCUCGCAAAGCGCGUUGCCCGGUUGCGCCAGCUGCUGCCCGACUUGAGCGACGGCGCGGUCAAGGGCAUGAAGCCAGCGACGCUCGCGCGCCUCGCACGCAACGUCGACGACAUCGCCGAGCGCGUGCUGAUGCUCAAGGCGGCCAUGCCGGAGGUGAACGUGUCGAAGGUGGCGUGCGGGUACCCUCCAGUGCUCUCAAUGGCGCCAGCGGAGGUGUCGGACAGGUGGACGCGCGUGCGGGAGCUGUUGUCGGGCGCGUCGGACCACGGCCUGCUGCGCAUCCUCCACGAGUGCCCGGACGUGCUCGACACCGACAUGCUGGAAGGCGCGAUGGCGGAGCUCGGCACCAUGAUGGGCGACGCCGCGAUCCCGGCGCUCGAAUCGAACCCCCGGCUGCUGUAUGCCGCAGAGCCUCUGGAUCACAUCCGCAACGACUUCGAGGAUGUGGCGGCGGCGCUUUGGACGCCGCCGGGCGGCAGCGCGGAGGAGGCUGUUGCGGAGGCGGCGGGCGAGGAGUGA